AUGUUCACUCCACUUGCUAACCGAACUUGGCUGCGACCCGAUAUUGCGAAUACUGAGCUGGCGUCCGAUUAUACGAUUUUCCGUUGCGAUCGUAGUGAAAGAUCAAGUUCUUUACGACGUGGAGGUGGAGUUCUAAUCGCAGUUAGGUCUUCCUUUCGUUGCAAUUCUGUAUCGUUCAGUAACUACACUCAAUUGGAGAAAGUCGUCGCUUCCGUCAAUCACCCUGACCUUACUAUUUACAUCUGUGGAAUCUACAUUCGGCCCAACUCUCAUCCCGAUGUAUACACCAUGCAUUCUAACGCCGUAUGUGACAUCAGCGACCGCGCAUUGGACACUGACUCCAUUGUCGUAGUCGGCGACUAUAAUCUCCCAUACUUAUCAUGGACGUUCGACGAGGACAUAAACAGUUAUUUGCCUAGUAACGCCUCCACGGAAGCCGAACUUGUGUUCACGGAAACAAUGGCUGCAUCUGGACUCCAUCAAAUCAACACGCUUCGCAACUCGAACAAUAGGAUUCUCGACUUAGCAUUUGUUAACGAUAGUUGCAAUGCCGAAAUCAACGAGCCACCCAUUCCUCUUUUGAAACUUGACGCUCAUCAUAAACAUUUUGUUCUCCAUAUUCAACUCGUCGUGUGUUCUCAGCAAGUUCCUGAUGAUUCUUGUGACGAAAUCAUUGGCGCAGAGUCAACAAACUGCGCAACGGCAGUAUUCUAUGAAAAAGUUUACGAGAUCCUUCGCGAUAACGUUCCUCGCAAACGAAGAUGUCAAGCACCCAGUUUUAAGCACUCAUGGUGGACGUCGGAGUUGCGACGUCUCCGUAACAGCGUCCGCAAAGCCCGAAAAGUUUACUUUCGAGAAAAACCCAGGGACGCGAAAGAAAAGCUUAAGCAUCUUGAAGCGUGCUAUAGUGAGUGUCGAAUAGCAGCUUUUCGCUCUUAUACAGAUCGAAUUGAACCGAAUUUGAAACAGAAUCCGAAAAGCUUCUGGUCGUAUGUGAAAAGUCGUAAAAGCGGAUCGCAUAUUCCGGAGAAUGUAUCGUAUGGUGACUUAACAGCUACCAUACCUGAAAAAGCGGCUAAUCUGUUCACAAAUUUCUUCCGAAGCGUGCACAGUGAUGACCCACCAGCAUUCUCUGCAACAGAGUUUGACAACAUUUCGCCGCUAAACGUAAGUUUGCCACCGUUAACCAUCACUCCGAAUGAUGUUCUUUUAGCCCUGAAGAAACUUGGAAAAGACUGA